AUGGACUCCCUGUGCAAGGACCAUUUCCUUCAGCGUCAAUACCGAAAAGUCGAUGGUGGAGUGCUGUGGUCGCGCAACGAGCGCAACCUCGACUGCACCGUCACUUUCCAGACGCACAGCAUCCUGCAGCGGUUUAUGUUGCAUUUCGAAAUGCUGCAGCUUGACUGCAACGACCACCUCUACGUGUACGAUGGUGCACACGCCACUGCACCACCUAAGGCGGAUCUCUCGUGCCGCAACACCAAGCAGCAGGUGGGCGCGUUGUUUACGCGCAGCAACUUCGUGACCCUCAAAUACGUCACCGACAACUGGGGCACGGAUGCCAACGGUUUCAAGCUCGUCGUCACAGCCGUUAAAGACCCUAAGCACGGCUGCAAAGAAUUUCGGUGUAAGCAGCGGGAGUUCUGCGUGAGCGCGGACCUUACCUGCGACGGAGUCGACCACUGCGCGGACGGCUCCGACGAAGACACCGAUGCACUCUGUCCUGAGAACGGCGGCGGUGGUGCUGGUGGACUGUGGAUGGCAGGAGCUGCUAGUGGUGGGGCGCUGGCGGUGAUUGCCACUGCGCUUGCCGUCUGCUACUACUGCCGUCGGCGUGCGCCUUCCAGACGCACACACCUACAUUUGCAGCAAAUGGCGUGCAGUAACGGCGCCGGAACUGUCAGCAAGCCGGCGGGCGGUGAGUCGCCGGCGGCGGGCGGCACGCGGCUGCCGGGAAACUGGGCGCUCCCUGCGGGCCCGCGCGGGUACAACGCGGCGCGCCCGGGCCGCCUGCGGGCGCGGGCGCAGCGCUGA